AUGCGACUGUAUCUAAGAGUCGCAUGUAGCAGACAGUCGAACAUUUUAAGCUUUGGCACGGUAGAAAUUGUCGCACCUGCAGUCGUACCCCUUCGGUUCGGAGCUCUCUCUCGCUCCUCAGACCUUCCUACGCCGUACACUACAACUAUUCAAUUCUCUCAGUUUGGCUCCCACUUAUGUGAGACUCUCGCCUCAAAUACCUGUUUGCCUUUGCGAGAGCCGCCACCCACGCCUCCAACGAGAAUAAAUUCUAGAGACUUCAUCUGCCCCUACUCUAUAAGGGCUCUCUUUCCGACUACUCAAUACGGUGCUAGCUCCUUUCUCCCCUUUGGUAUAUACUCAAUCCCCGUCUCCUCCACUACACAUGGAGCCUUAGCUAAUUUCCGCCUUACAGUCACUAAAGAGCUAGAAGAGGGUAGGCAUGAAACGAUUAGCCGCUCCUACAACUGCUACUACUACUCCGGGAGUCUCUCUCAACGGCUUGAACAAAAUAACCGCUGA